AGUCAUAGAGACCGAGUGACCGGGGGAGGCGCGCCGCGUACACUAACCGGACCACUGAAUCUGAGAGGCCAUUUUCGCCCUGACCGAGCCGCGUGAGCAUUUGAAAUUUGUUUUGCGAUUAUUGUACAGCCUCCAUUUCGACGCGCAAGCUGUCAAGCGCAGAUCAUGUGAUUGCGAGGAUGUGGGCUUGUCUUGUCGUCCGGAUCUGUCCGUAACCUACAGACGGUACCAAAGCCAGAACGUGAGGUUGGGAUUGAUGCAGCAGUGUUUGGACGGCUAGUCACGAAUGUAGGGCUGCACAUCUCUUUGAAAUAUAUUGCUUGGAUAGAAUGUAACAGGCUAUAUUUAAACACCUCAUGGGGCAGACAGAUGCAAUGUUGUUAUAGGUUGAGAGAACUGAACAUCGUCAGCGUUGACACGCACACCACUGUCCGCUUCAUCUGGUGCGGUUAUUGAAUCGUGUCUCCUCUUUUCACUCCUCCUCUUCUCCUCUCCUUUCUUUCAGCAUCACUGACAGGGGCUGCUGAUGCUGCCGUAGCUCGUGAAAAUAUUCUCCGUAGCAAAGUACCGGGACAGGGCUGUGUGUAAUUUAUCCCGGGCUAGAUGCUGUGAAUUAUCUCGCAGGAUUGUGAUUUGGGUUUACCGGAGGGAAUGCAUCAUAGACAUUGUGUUUCGUUUGAUUCUGUCGCUGUCGUCUACAUUGCUUAGGAAAUUGGAGGCAUAGCCUAUUGCAGUCACUGCUGUUCUGUAAGCUAAAUGUCAUGUGUAAUAUCCGAAUGACAAUCUGAUAUUUGCUGUGUUUUUCAAGGAGGUAUUCCGGGGACAUACGCAAGUGACACGUGCCCAGAGAGCGAUGUGUCUGACAGACGGGCAUUCGUAGCCUACGAGAGAGGUGGGAGGGAAUUAUUUCUCACAUACACUAGUUCAGGAGUCGCCAAGUUCUCAGAGUUAUCAGUUAGGCUAAAUAUAGGAGCGAGCUUGCAGAUAAACGUUUUGACUAUCCAGUUUAUGCACCAGCAUCGGGAUGCGACGUCAUGAGUUGAAUAUGCUGGCCAGAUGUUGCCUUUGAUGUGAUUCAUUCAAUCUAGGCUAGGCCUACUGUUGGGUGCUUUUUACAGCAGAAAUAACUACGGACUCCUGCAUUUCUCAACUAAUUAAUUAGUCAGUUAAUUAGCCCCCCCGUUGCUUGUCUACCUAAUUUAAAUAAGCAUAUCUAGGCUACUUCAUAAUACCCGGACUGGGAUACAACACAAACUGUGCUACAAUGAUACCCGGAUCGGCCGCGUCGAUGCUCCCAUCCAUGUCGACGGAUGACAUUAAACUAUACCAGCAUAACUACGUCCGCAACUCCCGUGCCAUCGGACUCCUGUGGGCCAUUUUCACCAUCCUGUUCGCCAUCUUGAACGUGGUGAUCUUCAGCCAGCCCUAUUGGAUCGGAGACGGCGUGGACACCCCUCAGGCCGGCUACUUCGGCCUCUUCCACUUCUGCACCGGCGACGGAAUCCAGAGAGAGCUCGACUGCACAGGGACCUUCACAGAGUUCGCUCAGAUCCCUUCCACGGCGUUCAAGGCCGCGUCGUUCUUCGUAGGAAUGUCGAUGAUGUUGGUGAUGGCUUGCAUCGCUUCCUUCACUCUCUUCUUCCUGUUCUCCACCACCACCGUCUAUAAGAUCUGCGGCUGGAUGCAGGGGGCCUCGGGUGUAUGUCUGGUUAUGGGCUGUAUAAUCUACCCUGACGGCUGGGACAGUGACGAGGUGCGGAGGAUGUGUGGGGAGCAGACGGACAAGUACAGUCUGGGAGCGUGCUCCAUGCGCUGGGCUUACAUCCUGGCUAUCAUGGGGGUUCUGAAUGCCCUCAUGCUCUCCUUCCUGGCUUUUGUACUGGGCAACAGACAGGACGGACUCAUGACCGAGGAACUACUGGCUGAGAGCAAGGCUGGGAAUGCCUAAAACAACCCAUAGGUGUCUGCGUUUCCUAGUGUGUAUGUGUAACUUUCAUCAUCACGCUCCAGAGUUUUACCCAUCAUCCCCCAGAAGAGGACGACACUGGCACACCAUGGCUGUGAGAGAGAGAGAAGAGAGAGAUCGAGAGGAGAAGAGAGUAAAAGAGAAAGAGAGGUGGACAAUGAGUGAGCGAAACAGACAGGAGAGAAAUGCUAUGUAGCUAGAUGUCUCCCAUUCAUUCACACAUGUACUGUAUUCUAGUUCUCACCUUCUAGGCUAUGCUGGAUCUGCCAAUGAUAUGUACAUCUCUAUUAUAUUGGCCCUGCUCACAGUCCUACAGUCUCUCUACCUCCACACUAUUCCACUAUCACUGAACCCCUAGGAACCCCAGCAGAGACAAGACAAUCUUCACACAGCCGAUCAUCGACCAAGACGGAGACAGAGACUGACCAACAGAAGACGUAUUGAUUAUCUGCAAGAAUAUGGAUGAAGAAGACUGGGUUGAAGUAUUGUUCUUGAAAUCACGUAUUGUAGUGAGAGAAAAAACACACACACACACUCAGAUACACACUCAGGCACACACACACUCAGACACACACUCAGGCACACACACACUCAGACACACACUCAGGCACACACACACUCAGACACACACACACACACACUCACACACUCAGGCACACACACACACUCACACACUCAGGCACACACACACACACACUCACACACUCAGACACACACACACUAUCACACUCAUGUAGACAGUCACAUUUGAAUGCGUACAGGGCAUUCAGAAAGUUCAGACACCUUGACUUUCCACAUUUUGUUUACGUUACAGCCUUAUGCUAAAAUGGAUUACAUGUUCUUUUUCCCUCAUCAAUCUACACACAAUACCCAAUAAUGACAUCACAAUACCCAAUAAUGACAUCACAAUACCCCAUAAUGACAUCACAAUACGCCAUAAUGACAUCACAAUACCCCAUAAUGACAUCACAAUACCCCAUAAUGACAUCACAAUACGCCAUAAUGACAUCACAAUACGCCAUAAUGACAUCACAAUACCCCAUAAUGACAUCACAAUAACCCAUAAUGACAUCACAAUACCCACAAUGACAUCACAAUACCCACAAUGACAUCACAAUACCCCAUAAUGACAUCACAAUACCCCAUAAUGACAUCACAAUACCCCAUAAUGACAAAGCAAAAACAGUAAGUAUUCAACUCUUUGCUAUGAGACUGUACAUUGAUCUCAGGUACAUCCUGUUUCCAUUGAUAACCCUUGAGAUGUUUCUACAACUUGAUUGGAGUCCACCUGUGGUAAAGUCAAUGGAUUGGACAAUAUUUGGAAAGGCACACACCUGUCUAUAUAAGGUCCCACAGUUGACAGUGCAUGUCGGAGCAAUAACCAAGCCACGAGGUCGAAGGAAUUGUCCGUAGAGCUCUGAGACAGGAUUGUGUCGAGGCACCAAAACAUGCAGCAUUGAAGGUCCCCAAGAACACAGUGGCCUCCAUCAUUCUGAAAUGAGAGAAGUUUGGUAUGUCCUUGAGUGACCCAGCCAGAACCCAGACUUGAACCCAAUCAAACAUCUCUGAAAAGAGACCUGAAAAUAGCUGUGCAGCAACACUCCCCAUCCAACCUGACAGAGCUUGAGAGGAUCUGCAGAGAAGAAAUGGGAGAAACUCCCCAAAUACACGUGUGCCAAGCUUGUAGCAUCAUACCCAAGAAGACUCAAGGCUUUAAUCGCUGCCAAAAGUGCUUCAACAAACUACUGAGGAAAGGGUCUGAAUACUUAUGGAAAUGUAAUAUUUCAGUUUUGUAUUUUUUUUUUGUAAUAAAUUCGCAAAGUUUUCAAACAACAUGUUUUGGCUAUGUCAUUAUGGGGCAUUGUGUGUAGAUUUAUGAGGGACAAAAAUGAUUUAAUCCAUUUUAAAAUAAGGCUGUAAUGUAACAAAAUGUGGAAAAAGUCAAGGGGUCUGAAUACUUCCUGAAUAUGCUGUAUACAUUGUAUCCUUAGACAUUGACCUUGUAAUAAAUCCCUAAUGCUAACACAUUAAGCAACACUAGAUACUGUAUAUUCGUGUCAUUUCCUGAAUAUGUGCUUGUUUUACUUGUGAAAAGAAGGAAAAUCACCUAAUUCUCAUGUGAUAUUUGGUGUCUUAUAACAUAAUGGGUGAACUCUUACAAACAAAACAUCCUCCUUAUCCUCCUGCCCCCCCCCCCCUUCCUCAAUAACCCUCUUUACCAGAACACUGUUGUCUAGCGUGAGUUGCUACGGUUACUGUGUAUAGAUAUUCACUGGAGAGAAGAAAAAAAAAUGUUUUACAAAAGUUUGGGGUGUAAUCAUGUAUAUUCUAAAAUAUCAAAAGAAGCACUAAUGUAGGAAUUCAUUUUGUAACUCCAUUGCAAGCAUAUGCUCAGCUCGAUUUACACAGUACUUCAUGAACUUGUGUCUCAAUAUUUUGUAGUUUGUGGUAUGGUAUAUUCUUCUUCACUGUGACGGGGGUGAAUGAAUGACUGCACGUCUCCUUUGUAUCUUGUAGCUGAGGGGUGAAUGUGUGUGUGAAUGAGUGUGUGUAUGGGAUAUGUGUCUGUCCACACGUUAAUGUGUGUGUGUUUAAUGCACCUUUUUAGUGUACCAACACACCGGCCUCGUCUCAUACCGACUGUCCUGUACAUACAAUACAUAUCUCCCUAUUUUAGCUCUCUCUCUCUCGCUCUCAAUUUCUCUCUUUCUUUCUUUCUUUCUCUCUCUCUCUCUCUCUCUCUCUCAAUUUCUCUUUCUCUCUCUCUCAAUUUCUCUCUUUCUCUCCCUCUCUCUCAGUAUGUGUUUAUCACUCAUUAUGGGGACAUACAGCAUACUAAGUGUGUAGAGGGUCAUAUAUAAUAAUCUAUUGAUUGAUUAAUUGAUUGGUUGAAUGAUUGAUAAGGCCUGAUGAGGUUAUUCUAGUCCUAUACCUCCAUCGUGAGUUAGGAGGAGGAAGAGGAGGUGUGGUGAGCUUUAGUGGAGAAAGGCCUGUCCCAGUCUCCUCUCUAUAUGUACCACUAAUGUAAAUAUCAAAACAGAUACCAAACAUUAAGAAACUAUAAGGAAGAGAAGAGUAACUGCAAUGAAAUAAAUAAAGAAGAAUAUAUGAGUGUGAUUAAUAAACGUUUUCACGAACAAC